UUAGCUGCCAGAAAGGCACAGCAUGCGAGUCCAAGCAGCAUCGCGCCGAUGGGUCAAAACAUGUCUAUUUUGCUCCCGUCCCCCAAUUGACAGUGCCGCAGGAGGACACGCCCAAUACGGUGUCCAGGAAGGAGGCAACACUCAAAUUUGCGGAGCUACACGGCUCCCUACAACAACUGGGUGGCUCUGUCUCCGAGCUAAUGCGCAUGGUCGGGAGCUUACAGCCCCUCAACCAGCCCCCACCGCCUCCCAUUCCUGUUCCUCCACCGGCUCAAACCCAGCCGGAAGCUACCGUGGCGCCAACUGUGCCAACUGCACUUGUCAACCUGCCACCGGCCGCCGCCGCCAAUGAUCAGGCGCCUGCUGGUGUGGCUGCACCGGGCAACACCCAAGCAAAUGGCCCGGGCCGUGGAAACCACGGUCGGGGUGGCGGUCGCACUGGUGGUCGUGGU